AUGCAACAGAUUGAAGAGGAAACUAUCGAUCAAUUUGUGUGCCGUCUACGCCAGAAGGCUAUAUCCUGUGAGUUUCCAAGCAUGGAUGAAGCCAUCUGUGAUCAGAUCAUCGAAAAAUGCAGAGAUCCAAAACUUCAUCAAAAAUUUCUCGAGAAAUCAAGUGAAGCAACCUUGACUGUGCUGCGAGAAACUGCAAGAGUCUAUGAAGCUGUUAACACUCAAAUGCAGUCUAUCGAAAGACCUGAGCAGCUGAAUGUGUUGAGAGUUGGACCUCUGAACUCACCACAAGCACGCUCAAUCACAAGUGAAGGAACUUCUGUGGACAUAAUGUUAAGAACUUUAUAUGCUGAUGUUUUUUCUGGAGUGGGUAAAUUGAAAAAUUUUCAGCUUAAUUUGCAUGUGAACAAAGAUGUUAAGCCUGUUGCACAGCCUGUCAGAAGGUUACCCUUUGGUUUAAGAGACAAAGUUGACAAGAAACUAGACGAAUUGCUUAAAGAAGACAUCAUCGAGGAAGUGCCUAGUGGUCCAACAGAGCGGGUCUCACCUCUGGUGGUAGUACCAAAACCUGAUGGAGACAUACGAGUCUGUGUGUAUAUGAGAAGAGCCAACGAGGCAAUCGAAAGAGAAAGGCACCCUAUUCCCACUAUUGAAGAGGUUGGUUCUACAUGACUUAAAUGGGUCAACAGUGUUCAGUAAAUAUUAGAUUUAAAGUGGGGCUUCCACCAGGUGGAACUUGAAACUGAAUCACGUCGUAUUACAACCUUCAUUACACACCGAGGUCUUUUUCAAUACAAGAGGUGAAUGUUCGGAAUUACCUCAGCUCCUGAGAAAUACCAGAAAAUCGUCAAAGAUAUAUUGAUUGGCUGUAAAGGAGUUGCAAAUAAUUUUGACGACCUGAUCA